GCGCGCGCGCACACGCGACCGAGGGACAUCACACUGCCUCUUUUCUCUGCUGUCUUGUCACGCCCGAAUUUCAGAUACAAUCCCAAAGCACCGCUCACUUUAAAAAGCCCCUGCGGAAUCAUUAGGAACUCUCACCGCCCCCCCAAGGUAGCACAGGUUGUAAAUGCCAAAUUCAGAUCAAGAAGCUCAAACAUGGAGGUUCUCGAGACCACGUUGCCACAGUUGCCUGAUCAAGUCAAGGGCUCAUCAUUCCUCAACUUGACGACCGUAAUUGCUCUGUGUGUGUUCUUCGCUCUCCUGUGCGCAUGCAUUAUCAUUGGCCAUCUCCUACAUGGGAACCGGUGGGCCAACGAAUCCAUCACAGCCCUUUUGUUGGGAUUGUGCUCUGGAGGAGUGGUUUUGCUGGUCAGUAAAGGGCAGAGUUCGAAGUUGCUCAAUUUUAGCGAGAAUCUCUUCUUCCUCUACUUGCUUCCACCAAUCAUCUUCAAUGCUGGGUUCCAGGUCAAGAAAAAGCAAUUCUUCAAGAAUAUUUCGAUGAUAUUGUUGUUUGGAGUGCUUGGCACUGUCAUUUCCUUUUGCAUCAUAUCUCUGGGUGUAUUUUUGGUGUUCAACAGAAUCGGGGUGACAUCCCUUGAUGUUCAGGAUUACCUAGCUGUUGGUGCAAUAUUCUCCGCCACCGAUUCAGUUUGCACACUACAGGUUCUCAAUCAAGAUGAGACACCCUUCCUUUACAGUAUUGUGUUUGGAGAAGGAGUUGUGAAUGAUGCAACAUCUAUCGUGCUCUAUAACGCUGUACAGUCAAUCGACUUAAAAAAGAUUAGCGGCCUUACAGCAUUAAAGCUGCUCGGAACCUUCCUCUACCUAUUCUUCACCAGUACAGCUCUUGGUAUCGUGGCUGGACUUUUGAGUGCUUUCAUCAUAAAGACACUUUACUUUGGAAGGCAUUCAACAGAUCGCGAAGUCGCAUUGAUGAUGCUAAUGGCUUAUUUGUCAUACAUGUUGGCUGAGCUUAUGGAUCUCAGUGGGAUAUUAACAGUUUUCUUCUGUGGAAUCGUCAUGUCUCACUACACAUGGCACAACGUCACAGAAAGUUCACGGAUAACAACCAAGCAUGCAUUUGCAACAAUCUCAUUCAUUGCUGAAACUUUCAUAUUCUUAUAUGUCGGGAUGGACGCCUUGGACAUUGAUAAAUGGAAAAGCAGCAAGGCAAGCGCAGGAACUUCGAUUGCCGUCAGUUCAACUUUGUUCGCACUAGUAUUGGUUGGAAGGGCUGCAUUCGUGUUUCCCAUUUCAAACAUCAGGAAUUGCAUUAAAAGAAGAGAAGAAACAAAAGUCGAGUUUCGCCAACAGUUCAUUAUAUGGUGGGCAGGUCUGAUGCGAGGUGCGGUUACAAUUGCAUUGUCUUACAGCAAGUUUGCAUCGUCAUCGGAUACGUCAUCACAAGAUAGUUUGAUGAUCACUUCCACCAUAAUAGUUGUUCUAUUUAGUACAGGGGUGUUUGGUUCCAUAACGAAGCCUCUAAUAGAAGCAGUGUUGUUACGGCACUCGAGACCAAUGGUUUCUGAUGCUUCUGAUCUUCCGAGCCUAGAGGACUUGAGAUUCCUGUUCAUUGAAAAUGGCGACCCGAGUGAACAGGGACACAAUCAGAGAAAGAGAAGCUUGAGGUUGCUCAUGACGAACCCAGGCAUUAGCGUUCAUUACCUGUGGAGGAAAUUUGAUGACAGAUUCAUGAGGCCAGUCUUUGGUGGAAGGGGUUUUGUUCCAUUCGUUCCUGGAUCACCAACUGGCGAAGCAGAAGAAAGUCAAGAAAAUUCCUAAAUUAGAUGGUGAGUGCGAUUAUUGUUCCUUUUGUUUUGUCCAUGGAGUGAUUAAUAUUAUUUUUAGAGAAUCGAUAAAUGUAAAAGGAAGCUCGAGAUUAGCUGUAAAGAGUGGGGAAUACACUUUAUCGUGAUUUUGCACUUUUUAAAGUGUUAUCAUAUGUUUUCUC